GCUCACUAUAAAUACAGGCCGGGACGGGUAGCCGCUCCAUUUCAAUUUCAGACAAGGGUAGGAGGAUCAUUCGUCGAAGGAAUCAGUUUUUUUUAACACCCCGAGCUUGGGUCUAAUGGACAAACACUUUGUAAAUGCUUUUUAAGAAUCAGCACUCCAGGAGAACACACUCUGUCUGCUCAACUGGCCCUGGCCUUGAGGCUUAUUUAAAGGGGUUUAACUUCACAGGUGAGCCACCUUGGAUCUCCUGCACUUGAAGAACUGACAGAAAAAAAUUCCAUCUCUUUUGUUUCCAAUUUCCAACUGGCCAAUUAAAGAGCUUUAAGCAACCAUGAAUACUGCCGAUUUGGAUUUUUCUUUCUUGGAGGAGGGAUUUUCUGCUAAAGAUAUUGUAGAGCAGAAGAUCAACGAGUCAUCUAUGACUGAUGACAGAGAUGCCUUCUAUGUGUGCGACCUGGGGGAUGUCUUGAAGAAGCACUUGCGCUGGGCGAGGGCCCUUCCUCGUGUGUCUCCUUUCUAUGCAGUCAAGUGCAAUGACAGCAGGGCUGUUGUGAUGACUUUGGCCUCCCUGGGAACUGGUUUUGACUGUGCAAGCAAGACUGAGAUACAGCUCGUUCAGUCUCUUGGAGUGGAUCCAAGCAGAAUCAUCUACGCAAAUCCCUGCAAGCAGGUCUCUCAGAUAAAGUAUGCCUGUACCCACGGGGUCCAGAUGAUGACCUUUGACAGUGAGAUGGAGCUGAUGAAGGUGGCUCGUUGUCAUAGCAAUGCCAAACUUGUCCUGCGCAUUGCUACAGAUGACUCCAAAGCAGUUUGCCGCCUUAGCAUCAAGUUUGGGGCCCAACUUAAAGCUUGUCGAGGGCUUCUGGAGAGGGCAAAGGAAUUGGGGCUGGAUGUCAUCGGCGUUAGUUUCCAUGUUGGCAGUGGCUGCACGGACCCAGAGGCCUUCAAGCAGGCAAUCACAGAUGCUCGCUGUGUUUUUGAUGUGGGGAAUGAACUGGGCUUCUGCAUGACGCUAUUGGAUAUCGGUGGUGGUUUCCCAGGUUCAGAAGAUGUUGAGCUCAAAUUUGAAGAGAUCACUGCUGUAAUCAAUCCAGCCCUGGAUAAAUAUUUUCCUGUGGAUAGUGGAGUGAGAAUAAUUGCUGAACCUGGUCGCUUUUAUGUAGCUUCUGCUUACACCCUGGUUGUUAACAUUAUCGCCAAGAAGGUGCUCAUAGAUGACGAGUCAGCCUCUGAUGAUGAAGAUGAAGGAAUCAGUGACAGGAGCCUCAUGUACUAUGUCAAUGACGGAGUGUACGGAUCCUUUAACUGUAUUCUGUAUGACCACGCACAUUGUCUGCCAACCUUGCACAAGAAGCCCAAGCCUGAUGAGGCCAUGUAUCCUUGCAGUAUUUGGGGCCCAACAUGCGAUGGCCUCGAUCGUAUAGUUGAGCAGUGUAACCUGCCUGACAUGCACGUGGGUGACUGGCUGCUAUUUGAGAACAUGGGCGCCUACACUGUGGCAGCUUCUUCCACAUUCAAUGGCUUCCAAAAACCUGACAUUCACUAUGUCAUUGCACGACCGGCCUGGCAACACGUGCAGCAGAUCUGCUCCCAGGGCCUGCCAGCUCCCGUGGAGUCCUGCACGCUUGAUGUUCCGGCCUACUGUGGAAGAGAGAGCAGUUUGGAGAUGCCUGCUAAGUCUCCUCAGGCCCAUGUGGUUUAAAGGCAACAUCAUUAAUAGACCAAGCAUCAUUUGCCUUUACUUACAGGAGCAGCUUUUUUAUUUUUUUUUCCCUUCAUCUUGUUUCGGCCAGUUUUAGGAGAUUAAGAGGGGUAUAUUGUUAAGGUGUCUGUGGGGAAGCUAAUAGUUUUUAAUUAGCUCGUUGGCUGUAUGAUUUCAUUCAAUAAGGGCUGCUAUAAUUUUUUUUUUUUCCACUUCACAAAACCCUGUAUUUUACCAUGUAUAAAUUGUAUUUUAUAGUAUAACUGUUUAUUAUAUAAUACGUCAUUGUCAAAACUAAAUAUUCAACAACUGCUAUAUGGAGAUUACUAUACUAAUGUACGCAUGUUUCAAUCAAACAUCUUGCUGAAACUUUUAUUCAUUACUAUGUAGUGUAGGUCAUGUUACGCUCUGGGUGGCAGUGUGUUUGUAACCAAAUCCUCACAAUUACAAUUUACCCACAGGGACUUAAAAGACAAGUCUGCCAGUCUCCUUUUUCUUUAAUAUAAUUUCAUGGUUGUAGCCUGGAGAAAGUGGAAAGUAUGUUUGCAGUUACAAUUAGAAGAGGAACAUGUAAAAGAGAUGGGAUUGCAAUUUCACAAUGCUUUCCUAUGGAAACGUUUGAAAGUUUUUGUAUUUUUUUUUUCUAAUAAAAUGGUGCAGAACUGA